AUGCCCCCGUACGACACAGAUACCACCGCCGACGAGCUGAUCAAUGAUUACAGCCAUCUCAUUAAGGACAAGGUCGUUCUGACAACCGGCGUCUCUUCCGGUUCCCUGGGCGGCUUCUUCGUCCAAUCCAUCGCCAAAGCCAAACCCGCCUGGCUGAUCCUGGCCGCUCGCAACGCCGACAAACUCCAACAAAUCGCCAACGACAUAACGACCGCCUACCCGGAUGUCAAGGUCCGAAAGAUCAAAGUUGAUCUGGGGUCGCUGAAUAGUGUGCGAGACGCGGCUGCCCAGGUGAAUUCCUGGGAUGAUAUUCCAGUCAUCGACGUGAUGGUCAACAAUGCCGGUGUUAUGGCGGUUGAUUAUCAGGUCUCGCCGGAGGGAUUUGAGUCCCACCUGGCAACUAACCACCUAGGCCCGUUUCUGUUCACAAAUCUGGUUAUCAAGAAGAUUUUAGCUUCUGAGAGUCCUCGGAUCGUCGUGGUUAGCAGCGACGGUCAUCGUCUGAGUCCUUUCCGCUUCGAUGACUACAACUUUGAUGCAGGGAAGAGUUACCACAAAUGGUUCGCCUAUGGCCAGAGCAAAACAGCUAAUAUAUUGUUCGCAAUCUCACUGGCGGAGAAGCUCGGCCUCAAAUACGGCCUUCUCGCAUUCAGCCUGCACCCGGGCGUCAUCUGGACAAAUCUGGGUAACCACCUAGACUGGAGUGUAGAUCUGGAUGGACUCCGGAGCGCCGACAAGGCGUUGGGCAACCGGGAGGGCUGGAAAGACUUCGAUACCAAGCCGUUGGAGCGGGGUGUUGCGACUCAUGUCUAUGCUGCAUUUGAUCCGGCUCUUAAAGCUCACAACGGCGCUUAUCUUAUUGACUCCCAUGUAGCAGAUCCACUGUCUGAUACAGUCAAGCCGUGGGUGACCAGUAGCUUUGAAGCAGAGAGACUGUGGAAGUUGAGCGAGAAGCUGGUGGGCGAAGAAUUUUCAUACUAG